CACGACCCCGCCCAUUAAGCUCGUACUACAUAGUUCGGUUGCCUUGCAGAAGACGAGCACACAAUUGUAACUUUGGUGUCUUGGAAAACUGUUGCAAAGAUGGUGCUCAAAGCUGUUUGUGUGCUCAAAGGAGCCGGUGAGACCAGUGGGACUGUUUAUUUUGAACAGGAGAGCGACUCGGGACCGAGCGACCACGUGCCACAGGCCACCCGGAAGUCCUUCACCCCACUUUGUAGUGAUUCAGCUCCUGUAAAGCUGACAGGAGAAAUCAAAGGCCUUACCCCUGGUGAGCAUGGCUUCCAUGUCCAUGCUUUUGGUGACAACACAAACGGGUGUGUCAGUGCUGGCCCUCACUAUAACCCGCACAACAAGACUCAUGCAGGCCCUAAUGAUGAAGUAAGACAUGUUGGAGAUUUAGGUAAUGUGACUGCAGGAGCAGAUAAUGUUGCCAAGAUAAACAUCACAGACAAACUUCUCACACUUGCAGGCCAAUAUUCCAUCAUUGGCAGAACCAUGGUGAUCCACGAGAAAGCUGAUGAUCUGGGAAAAGGAGGAAAUGACGAAAGUUUGAAAACUGGUAAUGCUGGUGGACGUCUGGCCUGUGGGGUCAUUGGAAUUACCCAGUAACAUGCAUCAUGACGUGGAGCACUGAAAACUGCACUUAAUGAGACCAACAUAGCUACUUAAGUAACUGUAUUUCCUUUUCAGUACUCUGGCUUUUCGUUGACCAGUUGUUGUAGAAAUGAAGCCAUACUCUUCUCUGUCCGUUCCUAAUGACAGUUGUGUGCGUUGGUUUACACUCCUGCCAAUUAGCCUCGGUCCCAAAGAAUUGGUAACGCACAAAUAAUUUACUAAUGUAUACGAAUGAAAAAAAUAAAUUGGCUAAAAUCAUGAAAA